CACUUCCUCUUUUGUUAGUGCUAAGAACGUUCCAGACCGAGUGAGAAGCAAAAUUCAUUAUCGCUAAGGAACUCUCAACCAGACUUUUUGGAGAGAUUCUCAAAUCUAUGAUGGUAGAAACUGGAAAUGUGGGAAGCAGGUGCCUGCUGAAUGCCACAGCUCUUGGUGUCCUGCUGGUCUGGUUGAUAUUACAAAUGCAGAAUACUUCAGCUUCCUGCCCCCAGUGUAACGAAAAUGCCGUCUGCUUCAACAGUACCCACUGUGUUUGUAAAGAUGGAUUCUGGACAGGGCCUAAAAGCGGAAUGAUAAUUGAGCCCCAUGGGAAAUGUGAAGAUAUUAAUGAGUGUCUAUUGGAGAAAUCGGUGUGCAAAGAUACAUCAUACUGUAAAAAUAAAAUUGGCACUUACAUAUGCAGGUGUAUAGUAGGACAUCCUUUAUUAAACUGGAUAGCUCGUAUUUUUCAUAUUGAUCAUCCCGAUUGUUAUGUGAACUACAGAGAUGACAUCAGAUCAAAGUCAUGUAUGUUGGGUGUACUUAGUGAAUGUAAAACGAAAGAGGACAUUGCAAAACAGGCUACCAUAUUUCUUCACCAAGUGGAACUCCACAUACUGAAUGAAGCCUCACCAAGAAAGGGUGAAAAUUCUACAUGGGAUAUAGUGUAUGAAACUAAGAGGUGCAACAAGACGACGUUUCUUGAAGCUGGAAAAAACACAAUGAAGAUUGACUGUACUAGUGCUUCCAGAGAAAACAAGAACAGAGAUGAGACUUCAGUUGCUUUCAUAGCAUAUAAGUCCCUUGGGAAUCGUCUAAAUGGAACCUUUUUUAGAAACAGAGAAGGAAUUCAAGAAGUGAAAUUGAACUCUCUUAUUGUUGGUGGUGCCAUUCGUUCAGAAAUCAAACCUGUCCUUUCUGAACCUGUACUCCUGACUUUACAAAAUACUCAGCCUAUUGACUCAAGAGCAGAACAUCUCUGUGUCCAUUGGGAAGACACAGAUGAAGGAGGCAGCUGGUCCACCAAGGGCUGCUCUCGUGUACACACCAAUGGCUCCUAUACCGUUUGCAAAUGUGUUCACCUGUCCAGCUUUGCUGUGCUCAUGGCUCUAUCCCUUGAGGAGGAUUCUGUGAUUUCCGCACUGUCAGUGAUCACCUACGUGGGACUGAGUCUUUCUCUCGUGUGCCUAUUCCUGGCGGUCAUAACCUUUCUUCUGUGCCAACCCAUCCGGAAUACCAGCACCACACUUCAUCUGCAGCUCUCCAUUUGCCUUUUUCUGGCUGACCUCCUCUUCCUCAUUGGAAUAAACAGAACUGAGCCUAAGGUGUUGUGCUCCAUCAUUGCAGCAAUGUUGCACUACCUCUACUUGGCUUCAUUCAUGUGGAUGUUUCUUGAAGGGCUACAUCUCUUUCUCACCGUGAGAAAUCUCAAAGUGGCCAACUACAGCAGCUCAGGCAGAUUCAAGAAGAAGUUCAUGUAUCCUGUAGGCUAUGGGAUUCCUGCCUUUAUUGUUACUGUGUCUGCGAUAGCCAGACACAGUAAUUAUGGAACAUACAUCCACUGCUGGCUCAGCCUGCACAACGGAUUCAUCUGGAGCUUUCUGGGGCCAGUGGCAGCUAUUAUUUUGAUAAACCUGGUAUUCUACUUUCAAGUCAUAUGGAUUUUGAGAAGUAAACUUUCUUCCCUCAAUAAAGAAGUUUCUACACUUCAGGACACAAAGAUUAUGACAUUUAAAGCCAUGGUUCAGCUAUUUGUAUUGGGAUGCUCCUGGGGCAUUGGCCUAUUUAUAGCCAAUGAAGUCGGAAAGACAGUGAGAUUGAUAUUUGCCUAUCUGUUCACCAUCAUCAAUGUCCUGCAGGGGGUUUUGAUAUUUGUGGUACAUUGUCUGCUUAAUCGCCAGGUGCGAAUGGAAUAUAAGAAGUGGUUUCAUAGGAUGCAGAAAGGGGUUAAAAUUGAAAGCACUGAGAUGUCUCAUUCUACUACCAACACCAAAAUGGGUGUCUCUCUGAACAUGGACCUCCUCAGCCAGCCAGGAAGCACGAACAGUCCUUCUGUCCCCACCCUUCAGACUGACGGAGUUGCAAGUGUGUGUUCAGCCAUAACCAUGUUUCACACAGGUUCUGAGGAUGUGAACUCAAGUACUCAUGCAUACUGGAGUGGAAAUGUUCACCACUGAGUAAAGUCCAC